AAUAGAUACAAUUUAAUAUCACGCCCACGAACAAGUACCUUUCGUUGAAUAGAAAGAAACAGUGUUUGAUAGCAGGGUGAUUUUAUGUGAGAAUAAGAGAGAGAAUAUCACUACUAUACAUUCUCGCGAGUAGAUAGUCCCGUUGUAGGUCAGACAGAGUGCGGGUGAGAGACAAGGACAGCAAUAUGGGUGCAUGAGAAGGGGGAGUUUGGAUAUGGCAGCCAAGCAGUUUGUCGUUUGCCUUCCUAAGGUUCGGGCCGUUCGGUCAUUUGAUUGUCUGUAAUAUCGGGUCUCGAUUUAAUCGGCACUCGAUUUUGUUUCUUACGGUUCUUGUUAUUGCUAAAGUGGUUACGAUUGAACGAAGAUUUCCGCGGGGAGUGCAGGAGUAUUGCUCCUGGGGAGGGAUGCUCAACAAUAUUUCUGCAGGAACUUCCAUUCAUGGCAUCACCGGGGCGAAGGAUCUUCAUGCGCAAGAGCUGAAACACGAAAAAUUGGACGGUGUCCUGGGGACAAAUCUGGGAGGAGGUCUGUCUACUGGUGGAGGGCUUACACUUCAUCAAGAAUUAAUAAUGGGCAUGCCUGGAGCAGGUGCCGGUGGUAUUGGUCAGGGUGAUGACAAACCCACAAAGCAGAAACGCCAUCGGACACGAUUCACUCCUGCCCAAUUAAAUGAAUUGGAAAGAUGUUUUGGUAAAACUCAUUAUCCAGACAUUUUUCUAAGAGAAGAAAUAGCCAUGCGGAUCGGACUGACUGAAAGUAGAGUGCAGGUGUGGUUUCAAAAUCGUCGAGCGAAAUGGAAGAAACGUAAGAAGACAACAAACGUAUUUAGAACACCAGGAGCUUUACUACCGUCCCAUGGACUUCCACCUUUCGGAGCAAUGGGUUCAGAUCUUUGUGGAGCUGCCGGAAUGUUUCACACUCCAGCAGAUCGAUGGGCAAUGGGCCCAGGACUAGGACAACUCAGUCAAAGUAGCAUGGGUAUGGCUAGUUUCGGGCAAAGUUUAGGACAAUUAAGUCAGCAGACUUCUGGGAGUCUUGGCUCAAGUUUAGGACUUGGCAAUUCUACCCUACCAAUCAGUAGCCCAUCGCAAACCGUUUAUCAAGCAACCUAUGGACUUAAUUCCCUGGGUGGAGUUCAUGUGACAGCUUCCCGCGGUUCACCACCGGGUGCAUCGUCUGUGGGUACGGGCGGUGGCCAGAGUAGUGGUGGUGGCCUCGGGGGUGGUGGAAUGAAUUGUGGACAGGGUUCGCCUGGAGCUGCAUCCGGUAGUGGCGGUGGUGUUUCCUGUGUUGGCAGUGCGGAUGGGAGUGCCGGCGAAGCUACCGAUUGGAGAGGUGCACACAGCAUCGCGGCGCUCAGGCGUCGUGCCUCCGACGCCUCCCAGCAAUACAGUCCGCAGCCUCCACCACCCUCUGGGCCUCCACAAUACUCAUCCCACGAUCUCGAAUACAGUUCAGUGUAUUGAAGAUAUAUUAAGUCUGUGAGACUUGCAGUCGAGCGAAGAAAGACCACUUUAAAUUUAUUCUCAAGUUAACUCUACACAAUAUCAGUUAUAUGAAUUUUUUACGGAAAAAAAAUAAAAAAAAAAAAAAAAAUAGAUACAAUUUACUUGCAAUUUACAACUGAGUUUUUCAUUUUUCGUUUAAGUGCACUCAAGUUCUUCGUAUCUUAUUAUUAAAUUUAUUUUAAUCCAUAUUUUCGAUUCAAUAUAUCAUUAUUAAAUAUCACGUUUCCUCACGGAAAACGUAUAUAUUACAUGAAUGUUUAACAUAGAGAUAAACAUAUGAAAAAACAUAUAUAUCUAUUAGAUUGGGCCGAAAAAAAUUCAGAAUCACAAAAAAAAUAUUAUGAAAGCUUGAACCCCUAAUAUUAAUAGUAAAAGAUCUAUUAUUGAUCUUUUCUUGAAUCUAUUAUUGAAUUUUUGAAGAAAAUUAAAUGUUAAGAAAAGCUCUGAUUCAAAAUUUCUGUCAAAUUUAAGCAUUUGCACAUAAUUACGCCUAUAACUUGGAUUUUUCGUUAAAUUUACUCAUUCAAAAGUUAUCCAAGAUUGGAGUUGAAGUCAAAAUGAAAUUUCAAAAAUUUUCGAUGAUAAAUAAUACAGUCAAAUUUAUUUACCAUCAAAAGCUAUUUUCCUAAAAAAAAUGUAUUUUUGCUAAACAACUACACAAAAUGUGGUAAAAACAAUUCUUUUUAUUCUUAACUAUAAUUUUUGAAAUUAUAAUAAAUUUCUACAAUACUUU